CUUUUUCACUCUCAAACACGUUUUAUUUAUUUUGAUGUGAAAUAGAAUUUUCUUCUGUGCAACAAACGAUGGAAAAUGAGACGAAAAAGUGGUUUGAUGAGGUGAAAAAGUACAAUUCCGGAGAAAUUGUGGAAUUGAGUGCGGAGGAAGUUGCAGAACUCACAACAACGUGCCAGAAUAGCUUUGAAAAAAGCUACGAAAUCAUCCAGAAAAGGAAUCCAACGGAUGCAAAAUGGCUCCAAACAGCCCUGCACAGAGGAACACUGAGGGAUCGAGCAAAUGCCGGUACUCUCCUCUUCCAGAGCAAUCCUCUUGGGAAUCUGUCAGCACUGGAUGUUCUCAUUGGCCUGACGAAGGCUGCAAAUAAAGCCAGUGUGGAUGUAAUUGAUGUAAUCACUGAUUUAUUCAUCACAUCCAUCCUCCCAGGCUCAAGGAAAUUGGCUUCAAUUGAGCAACGUGGGAAGGACUGGAAAACCCUGAAAGGGGAGAAGAAACUCGAGAAGAGCUUCCUGGAGAAAGUCUACACGUAUUGGCACUUUGAAUCCGAACUGAAGCAGCGAUAUUUCACGUUCCUGCAGAAUCUCGAUGGGGUUCUCAAGACUGGGCAGGAAGUUCACAAAAAUCUGGCAAUUGUUUGCGCUGCAAAGCUCCUGAUUCACGGCCCAGAGAAGGAAGCUAUGCUCCUGUCAAUGCUGGUUAAUAAAAUGGGUGAUCCAGCAGUGAAAGUAGCCGCCAAGGCGCAGUAUCAUCUCUCCGAAGUGGCCAAUCAGCAUCCCAACAUGUGUGGGGUGAUUGUCAAGGAAGCUGAACGCCUUCUCUUCCGCCCAAAUAUCUCGGAACGUGCUCAACAUGUCACCCUGACAUUCUUGGCUGAAAUUGCUGGGUUCUGUUCACCGGAAGUGUGCAGGAAGCUCACAAAUAUUUGCUUUUCCUUCUUCAAGAUUCUCGUGGACAAGGGUAUGGUGAAUAAUCGCACAAUGCAGGCCAUUCUGCGAUGCCUUCGACGCUCUGUUGGUAAUCUCGCCACAGACGAUGCCACCAGCACACCAAAUCCCCUCAGUGAUGAGCUCCAGAACAUCAUCUAUCGCCUCAUUCACUUUGCUGAGAUUCGCAUCGCCAUCCAGGCCCUUGGGCUCCUGCUUCAGGUCAUCGUUACGUGUGCCAGUAUCAACAGAGAUCGCUUCUACAUGGCUCUCUACCGGAAGAUGAUUUCAGUUGAACUCACCACAAUGACGCACAAGUGGUCAGCACAGUUCCUCUACAUCAUCCACCGGGCUAUUGCCAUUGACACAGACAUCCCACGAGCUCAGGCCUUCCUCAAGCGCCUCCUCCAGAUCACCUUCUACCUCCCAUCGCAAAUGGUCUGUGGGGUAUUUGUGAUUAUGCAAAAAAUCCUCCAGGAUCGUCCGGAACUCCAUAAAAUCCAAGAAAUCCCAACAGCUGCAGACAUUGAGAAGAAUGAAGUGAAAUCUCAGCUGUAUGAGAGUGAUUCUGAACACUACUCAGACGUUGAGGAGGACACUCCUUCGCCGCAGAAAAACAAGAAGUUGUCAAAGAAGCGCAAAACACCCAGAAAUGCCCAAGAAUCCUGGAUUCAUGUUGAUUUGAAUGGCGUCAAGAAGGAAGAUGAGGAGAAGAAGCCCAAAAUUCAUCGUCUCCCCCUCAAAUAUGAUCCUUUCUAUCGAAAUCCUUCCGGUGCAGGAGCUCAGUAUGCCCCAUUUGUGGAGCUUCUUCGUUUCUCCGCCCACUUCCAUCCAACAGUGCAGAAAUUCGUGGAGUGUGUUCUUGAAAGAAAGAAGAAUACCUACUACGGCGAUCCCCUUGUGGAUUUCUCCCUCACGCAAUUCCUCGAUAGAUUCUCCUUUAAGAAUCCCAAAAAGAAGAGCGACAAGGAGAUAAAAUCCAUCGUACAGAAGGCGCAUCAGAAAACGCGAGAGUACAAGCCAAUGGGAAGUCGUGGGCAGCCCGUUAAAGCCAUCUCCGAGGAGAAUUGCAGUGAAAAUGAGAGAUUUAUCUUUGAUUUUCUCCAGAAACGUCGUGAAAUGCGUGGCGGGAAGGAUGAUGAUGACUCCGAUUCCGAUGAAUCUGUCGAUGAUGAUGAAUUUGAGGCAUACCUGGAUAGUUUGGGGCCCAAAAAAGCCUCCACGGAGGAAGAUAUUGACUACAUGAAGGACCUCAAUGAGGGUGAAAGUCGCAAGAGUAAAGGAAAGAAGAGGAAACAGGAUGACGAUGACGAUGAAGAUGCUCCCAAUGAGGAAGAUGAUUGGGAUGAAGAUGCUUCAGCAGAUGAAGAUAAUUCCUCAGAUGAUGAUGAUGAUCUCUCACUGGAUGAUGACAGUGAUGAUGCUGAAGCAAUGUCCUUCUCCUCAAGUGACGAAGAUUCCGACGAGCAAAAGUCCGGCGGAAAGAAGGGCAAGAAGCCCUCUGUGCUGAAUGACAAAGACUUCAGGAGGAAACUCAAACAAAAAGCCGAUAUGUCGUCUCUCUUUGCGGCUGCUGAUGACUUCUCGGAGAUCCUCCAGGAGGGCAGCAAAGGGAAGAAUCACGGGACACUCGAGGAAGUUGCCAAUAAGGAUAAAUCGUCUGAGAAGCAAAUGCAAUGGGAGGAGGCACGCAGGAAGAAUUCCAAGAAAAGAAGCUUCAAGCCACAAAAGAAGAAAUUCCCCGGAAAGCCCAAUAAGAAGCGGAAGUCCUCAAUUGGUUCUCGUUAAAUUCAUCUUUUGUGGUGUAAUUUUUGUUGAAGGAAUAAAAGAAAUUAUUUUUUAUUCAA